CCCCAACGCGCCUCCGUUCUCCCCCUACCGCUUCGUUACUGAAACCGAAAUCGAAGCAACGAUUAUCAGUCUAUCUAUUUCUCAUUCACGGUUUCUUUUAUUCUCACAGAGCAGCGGCAGCGCCGACGACAAUAGAAUCAUCGGUCCCGAGGACACUGAUAUCAUCGACCGGAAGCGGGCAGUGGCACCGGCGUGCCUUGUGCCAACUCUAUAAACAUGUAUUGUAGAAGAAGCAGAAGCAUGAAUUAAAUUUAACGAAAUUUAAAUAGAAUGUUAGCCAUCUUAGAAGUCUACACCACCAGAUGCGUGCCUUCCCCUCACCAUCCGCAAAUGUCAUUCUUGAAGCUUUUCUAAACCAGUUCAGAAGUAUAUCGGGUAUUGAAAUUGCAGUCAUUAUUGGUGAGUUCUGCUAGCUGAAACAGCAGUGGUAUUCUGUUACUGUACCUUAUAUAGCAGAACAAAUUGAUUCAUCCUAUCUGAUAACAAUGACAGAAAUAUUAAAUUAUGAAGCUUGCAGACAGCUAUCUCAGAUGUUCUUGGCAGUAAUUUUCUUUCAUAGUUCCGAAUAUGUCUUGGCAGUUGCAGUUCAUGGAAGAUCAAAAGUUAAUCUUCAGUCACUUCUGAUAAGCAAAUAUUAUAUUAUUGCAAUGGUUUCCUCAUUGCUAGAGUACUUUAUUGAAAUUAUUUUCUUUUCGGGGUUGAAGGAGUACUGGUGGAUUAGCAACUUUGGACUUCUGAUGGUUAUAAUUGGGGAAAUAAUCCGGAAAAUGGCAAUAAUAACAGCUGGUCAGUCAUUUACACACCUUAUCAAGGUACACCAUGAGGAGUCACACAAACUUAUUACUCAUGGAGUUUAUAGAUUUAUGCGCCAUCCAAGCUAUUGUGGUUUCUUCGUCUGGUCUGUUGGCACUCAGGUAAUGUUGUGUAAUCCCUUGUCAACAAUUGUGUUUGCACUUGUCGUGUGGCGCUUCUUUGCAAAACGAAUACCAUACGAAGAAUAUUUUCUGAGACGGUUCUUUGGAUCUGAAUAUGAGAUAUAUGCCCAAUAUGUUCCUUCUGGAGUGCCCUUUGUGAAGUGAAGAGCUGCAGUCCCUUUGUGUUCACAGUUGAACAUCAAUUAGAGUAAUGAUUUUGAAGCUUAUCUAUAGAUGAACAGGCAAGUGCUACCAGGAUUAUUACGGAUUUAUUAAUCUUCAUUCAAUGUGGUAUAUUAUUGUCGGGAGUGUACCGCAGACAUGAUUGAUAGGAUGACACCAAGUUAUAAUCCCAUUUGGAGGACGGGUAUUUCUGAUGACACAUAAUGGUAUUAAUUUUAUGAUCGUUCUUGUAUGUGUACUUGGAUGGGGAAGAACUGUUUUUGUGGCUCAAGAUGUUGGAUGAGUGGUGAGCUGGGUUUUUGCCACGAAAAUUCUUACUGGAUUUGACCAUUUAUCAUCUUUUUUUCCAGUAUUUAGUUUGCUGUUGUAUGUUUCAUAUGUAGAAACCUCUAAAUUCUACGGAGGAAUACAAUUCAAUAAGUUAAUUGUGGUAAUGUAUUUUUAUUUUGUUUGACCUCA